GCCGUACGUAUAACCACCCCCCACCGCUCGCGUCGCGCACCCCUCGACUCGACUCCACCCCCACUGUUACCGCAAGCGCCGCCGCCGCACGGGGAGCCGAGCCGCGGCCAACCAAAACCCUACCCAGCAACCGCCGCCGCCGCCGCCGGGAGCUCCCAUGGCCGCGACGCAGCCUUCCCCGUCGCCCUCCGCGCAAGUGGUGGGAAACGCGUUCGUGCAGCAGUACUACCAGAUCCUGCACCAGUCGCCGGAUCUGGUGUACAGGUUCUACCAGGACGCCAGCCGCCUCGGCCGCCCCCCCGCCGACCGCUGCGGCGACAUGGUCUCCGUCACCACCAUGCAGGCGAUCAACGAGAAGAUCAUGGCCAUGGACAUGUCGCGGGCGGAGAUCAAGACGGUGGACUCGCAGGAGUCGCUCGGUGGUGGCGUCACGGUUCUUGUCACGGGACAUCUCACUGUCCGUGACGGCUUGUGCCGUGAAUUCUCCCAGUCCUUCUUCCUUGCGCCGCAGGAGAAGGGCUACUUUGUGCUCAACGACAUGUUCCGCUACGUCGGGGAUGGCCCGACCCCUGCUGCCGUGGAGAUGCAGCCUGAGGCAGAUGCCAUGGCUCCACCCCUGGCUAAUGGUAUAGCUACUGCAGCUGUCCAGCAGGCCCCCCCUGAACAUGAUGUUGUGCCGCAGCAGCAGGAGCGUGUUGUGGAGCAUGCAGCAGUGCCUCCUGAGGAGGAGGAGGAGGUCUAUAACCCUCCUCUGGAGGAGGUGAAGGGUGUGGUUGUAGAUGAGGAGCAAUCAGCUCCUGAGGUUAUUAAUGAAGUCCCAAAUAAUGUGGUGCCAGUUGUAGCAACUCCAGCUGCUCCAGUGUCACACGAGGAGGCACCAAAGAAGUCAUAUGCCUCAAUUGUCAAAGUCAUGAAAGAAGCUCCACUGCAAGCCCCUGUUCCUGCUGCAAGGCCUGCACCUGCUGCUAGACCUGCACCACCCAAACCCGAAAGACAAUCUCCUGCCCCUCAGGCUCCUACUCCAGUUGCAGAUGUUACUCCUUUAAGUUCUAAUGCUGAGAGCAGCAAUACAAAUGAGCCAGAAGUUGAUGCUCAUGCAAUAUACGUGAGGAGUCUACCAUUAAAUGCCACUACGGCACAACUGGAGGAUGAGUUCAAGAAGUUUGGCACCAUAAAACCUGACGGGAUUCAAGUCAGAAGCCAUAAGAUUCAAGGGUUCUGUUAUGGCUUUGUUGAAUUUGAGGAGGCUACUGCAGUCCAAAGUGCUAUAGAGGCUUCUCCUGUAAUGAUUGGCGGACGCCAAUGUUUUGUAGAGGAAAAGAGAACACCUGGUUCACGAGGAUCCGGCAGAGGAGGAAGGUUUCCACCAGGAAGAGGUAAUAUUAACUUCAGAGCUGAAGGGAUGAGAGGCGGCCGUGGUAAUUACAGUGGAGGAAGGAGCUAUGGAAGGGGUGAUUUCGGUUACAGAUCAGAUUAUGGUGGCAGAGGUGGUGGCAGAGGUGGUUCUGCACGUGGACCUGAUGUUGGCUACCAGAGAGUUGAUGGUGGUCGUGGUGGUCGCACAUCAGCAGGCUCAGGUGCACCUGCAAAAUGAGGGGCUCAGUAGCUUGUGUUUCUGGGAUUGUCAUCUCACCUUGGAAUGUCCAGAUUCAACACAGGCUCCAUCAUUGCAUGCUGGAAUUGUCAGAAGCCCAAUUUACAAGUAUGUGAGGUUCUAUUUUUGAAGGCAGCAAAAAGAGAAAUUGGUUACUAAUUGUAGAAUAUAUAACUAUUCACAUGUAGUCUUAGCUUGGUCUUUGAUGAGCAGUUGAUGUGUUAUUUUUUGUGUUAAUUUUGUCCCAUUUAAAUCCGGAGCAUUCAUUAGUCGUGUCCAUUUGAUUUUAUAGUUUCUAAGGACUACUGAAAUAAUUCAUAGUCUUAGACUCUAGAGUAGCAAUUAUUAGGUGAGAUUUUGUUUUGUUCUUGUGAUGUCUCGAGGCGAAGGACACUUAUUGACACCGGUUAUUUAAUAUUUUUGAG